CUGAUGCCUGAAACCAUUAAGGACAUUAAAUACUUAUAAUGAACUGAUGAUAAUGUCCAUCAAAAAGUUCUCAGUGGAUGUUCAAUAAGAGUGGAUAACUAUCAUAAUUAAUCAGGACUCUCACUGGAGACUAAGUAGACAGAACCAUGGCUAGCAAGAGGAAGUCGACCAUUCCAUGCAUGAUUCCUGUAAAAGCCAUGCAUCUGCAGGAUGACUUUGAGCGGGACAGACUGUCCCCUUCAACCAAGGACAUUGGCUUUUCCGUUACAGAGGAAGCAAGUGGAAAAAGCAGUCAAAGUUUGGAUGAGUCCUCUGGGCAAGAAGCAGGUGAUACCCAUAAAGAUGGCGGUAUUUACAUUUGUAGGCCAUGUAACUUUGAGACCCAGGACCUAAAUCUUUUCCUUGAUCAUGUCUACAUUGGACACCUAGAUUUCCGCAUUGACCCUUGUUUCCUUUGUGUGGAUUGCGGGAUUAGUGCAGCAAAAUUUGAGGGCUUGGCACUGCACAAUGCCCGUGUCCAUCCGAGUACAAUAAACACCACACUUCAGCUCAAAAAGAAGGACAAUAGAAUCAUAGUAGAGCAGCGUCUUUGCGUGGAACCUUGUGAAAGCACUAGCUCUAAAGAAUCUGAGAUAUCCAUCACCAAGACACCAAUCAUGAAAAUGCUGAAGGGUAAAUCAGAACCCAAAAGAAUUGUAGUUUCCCACCCUGCAACUGAUGACCCUCCCCCCGUUAUUACCAAAGUGGUGGAGAAAAGUGACUCUCCUGCAGUUACAGUCACUCAUGUGCCCACUAUUGUACACAAUGGAGCAGCCAGCAAAGUUGCCUUGCCAUCGGCCAUACAGAUUGUGAAUGGCUCUGGGGCUUUGCCCAUGCUGAAGACAGCUGUUACACAAGUCGUAUCCGUUGUGCAGAACAGAAGUCUCAAUCAACAAUCUGCUCCAAUCACUGUCUCCUCAUCCCACUCCUCUUCGGCAUCCUCAUCAUCAAGUACUAGGAAUCUUCCAAAAGUAAUGAUCCCCAUGAGCAGCAUUCCUACUUACAGUGCAUUCAUGGACAAUAGCAGUUUCUUAAAGACAUCCUUUAGCAAGUUCCCUUAUCCAACCAAGGCUGAGCUUUGCUACCUUACUGUAGUCACCAAGUAUCCCGAGGAGCAGAUCAAGAUCUGGUUCACAGCACAAAGGCUGAAACAAGGAAUCAGCUGGUCUCCAGAAGAAAUAGAAGAUGCCCGCAGAAAAAUGUUCAAUACAAUCAUACAGGCAGCACCUUCAAACGGCCAACAGCAACGUCAGACCCACCACACCACUACUCAACAAACUAUCACAGUUCUGGGCACAACCGGCAUCCCUCAUAUCUUACAAGGUAGACUUGUUGGGCAAGGAGGGGUUAUUGUCACCCAGCCAAUGAUGGCUAAUGGAAUUCAGGUCAGCAGUGCCCCUGUUGCAUUAGCCAUAACACCUAAACCUCAGGCUGCUGCAAAGCCUACUAUGCUGGCCAGACCCACCGCAGCCCUGGUAGCCGAUAAAGGAAUCAGCAUGGUUUUAGGCACUGUUGGUAGCAGCAGUAGUGGAAAUUGCAGUAGUAGCAGCAGCAGCAAUGCUAGUACUAGCAGCGGUUCAAGCAGUAUUAGUAGUACUAGCAGCUUAUGUAGCCAGGCUAGUGUAAUCAGUAUUGGUAGCUGCAGCCCUGCUAAGUCAAAUAGCAACAGUAAAGUUAAGGUCAAUACACCGGGUACUAAUGCCACUUGCAUUCAAAGCAAUGGUAACAUUGUGAAAAGUGAGGGUAAAGGCAAUUCUGAGGCUAAAAGCAACAUUAACAGCAAGGACAUUGUUUCAGCUGCCAGUACCACUCCAGCCACGACCUCUGCAUCUACGACUACAACAGAUAGUGCCGUACCAAGUAAAUCAGACUCUCCUAUGUCUAUGAACUCCCGUAUAUUCCCCACCACUAACUUCCUGGACCCCAGCUUUAACAAAACCAAGAAGUCACAGGAACAGCUGGCAGCCUUAAAGGAGAGCUUCCUUGUUAGCCAGUUUCCUAAUCAAGAGGAAGUAGACCGACUUAUAAGCCUAACUGGUCUGUCUGUACGUGAAGUGCGGAAAUGGUUCAGUGACCGCCGCUACCACUUCCGGAAUCUGAAGGGUUCAAGGUCAAGUGGCGGAGGUCAAACUGUUACUAGUGGUAGCCUUUCCCAACUGGAGACUCUUGCUGCUGUGGACCUGUCCGAAAACAGUACACCCCCAGAGAGGCCCAAAACUCCCCAGCAGUCACCUCUCAGCCCCUCACAGACAUCAUCCCCGCCAACUCCAACACGGCGUCCUCCACGACCCCCAUCGCCAGAUUUCACGGCGAUACGGUACAAAGAGCGAGAGCCCCACCAGGUUCGUGCUUUGGAGGCCAGCUUUGCACAGGACCCAGAUCCACCUAGUGAAGAAGUUGACCGGUUAAGAAUAGAAACAAAGAUGACUCGCCGUGAGAUCCACGGUUGGUUUGCUGAGCGACGGAGGAGGGUAGCAGCAGAGAAGAAGAAAGAGGAAGCUGAGAGGGCAGAAAGGGAAGAUGAUGAUCUGGUGGGAGAAGCAGAGGAGCAUCGAAUAAACAAGGAAAAAAACGGCAAUGAGGAGAUGCAUGAAGCUGAAGAUUCCUGCAAGGAAACACAAGACAAAGAGGAGCAACAGAAGGAUGAGACCGGUACUGAGCCGAAAGUUAACCCUAUCAAAAUCAAUCUCAAAAUGCUGAAAGUUACUGAAUCUAAUGGAAAAGGUGAACCCGAGGGCAGUCAACUGAAUGAGGCUACCAAGGUGGCACAAUCUAUCUCUCAGACAGCUGUUCCUCAGACCUCCCCAUACCGAGGUAAGAAGACGCCCGAACAGCUCCACCUGCUGAAGCAAGUCUUUGCACGCACCCACUGGCCCAGUAGUCCCCAGUACAAUGAGCUGAUAACUAAAACGGGCCUACCGCGACCAGAGGUGGUACGUUGGUUUGGAGAUUGCCGCUAUGUCCUGAAAAACGGCCAGCUCAAGUGGCUUGAGAGUUACCAGACCAUGGUAGAUGAGGAAGACUUCCAGAAAGAUAACAUUGGUGUCCUAAAGGAGCACCUAGACAAACAUGGUAAACUAGAUGAGACUAAGUUGGAGGAGAUUGUCACAUCAAGUGGGUUAGGUGAGGAAUCAAUCCGGCGGUGGUUUGCAAAUAAGAUGACACUUUUAUUGGAGGAAAGGAACUCUGAGAGCACAGGAGGUGUGAUGACUGAAUCAUCAUCUGCAACCCCAACUGAAGCUGCUCCGGCGUCACAGCAUCCAGACCAUGAAGAUGUAAAGGUGGAGCAGUCAGGAAGCAGCCUAAUCUCUAAGGAUCAAACCACGAAGUCAGUAGUCGAGAUAUCAGCAAAUACUAAACAAGAGUCUGACUGAAGAGGAGAGUGGAUGUAUGAAUGAAUGUGAAGCGAUAUCAGCCCAUGGGAUUACAGCACAUGUGGCCUUUAAUUGAAGGCUUUUUUUAAACAAAUGACAUAUUAUACUUUAACAGGAGCACUGGAUAACAUCUCUGCAAAAACAAAAACUCUCCCCCCAAUUAAUAUUCCCUUUUUCUCCAAGAGUUACUAGCUGUCCCACUGUUCAAGACAUGUGGAUUAUCAAAGGUCAGGAUGCACCCCUUCACCAGCCAGCUGCUUUUCUUAUUUGGAUAGGAUAGAGGGGAAAACAGACCAUGUCUUUGUGAAGUGAUAGACCCAAGUUGAAGUCCAUGGAGAAGUUUUUCUUGGAUGUGAAUUUCCUAUCGUUUUCUUCUGGGGAGGAAUUACCAUUUUUAGGGGACUUAUGGUGGUACAAAGCGCAAACUGCACAGCUCUCAUUGAGCCCGUUUGUGUUUCUUAAAAUAUG